AUGAGGGCCACGAUUCUCAGCAUCUUGACCACCCUCGCCCUUCUUGGGCCAGGUGAGUCGACACCGCUAGCUGCCCUGGACAAGAGGUACACUCUCGACUCCAAUGGCAUCAAGUAUAAGGUGUUUGAGCAUGCCGCCACAGGAGCUACAACCAAGAUUGUGUCCAACUCUGGCAUUUGCGAGACGACACCUGGAGUGAAUCAGCACUCGGGCUACUUCUCAGUCGGCACGAAUAUGAAUAUGUUCUUCUGGUUCUUUGAGGCUCGAAAAAAUGCCAGCAAAGCCCCUCUUGCCCUAUGGUUGAACGGCGGUCCCGGAUGUAGUUCCAUGAUCGGCCUCUUCCAAGAGAAUGGACCCUGCACUUUCAAUGGCGGAGGCUCUGAGCCGACUUUGAACCCAUACUCAUGGAAUACAUUCGCAAACAUGCUGUAUGUUGAUCAGCCGAUUGGUACCGGUUUCAGCUACGGCACAGAUGAUGCCACUUCGACUCUGGCUGCUGCCCCAAGGGUCUGGAAGCUCUUGCAAGCCUUCUACGCCCAGUUCCCUGAGUAUGAGGGACGUGACUUCGGUAUCUUCACUGAGUCUUAUGGAGGCCACUACGGCCCAGAGUUUGCCUUUUACUUUGAGCAACAGAAUGCAGCCAUCGACGCCGGGACGAUCGCGGGCGAGAAGAUCAAGCUUGUUGCUCUUGGUGUCAACAACGGCUGGAUCGAUCCUGCCAACCAAUACAAGGAUUACAUCGACUACGCCGCCAACAACACGUACAAGAAGCUCAUCACCCCGAAGCAAUAUAGCACAUAUGUCUCCACAUACCAGAAGAAGUGCGUACCAGCGUUUGCCAAGUGCACAGGUUUGACUGGUAAUGAUGCCGCCUGUGGCAACGCCGACGAUGUUUGCAGCGCGGCCAUCGAGAGUCCCUUGGAGUCGCUCGCCAGCUUUGACGUCUACGACAUCCGAGGCCCCAAGAAUGACCCUUUCCCUCCUGAAACAUACUUGACGUAUCUGCAAACGCCGGCUGUGAUGAAGGCCAUCGGCGCCCAGACAACUUAUGGAGAAUGCCCGGAUGCGCCCUAUACCAAGUUCAUCUCCAGUGGUGAUCGGGGCCGAUCAUUCUUGCCGACCUUGUCGCAAGUCAUUGACUCAGGUAUCACCGUGUUGAUCUGGGCCGGCGAUGCUGAUUGGAUUUGCAACUGGAUGGGUAACUACCGAGCACUGAACUCCAUCGCCAAGAAGCCUUUCCUCUCGGCACCUCUCCUUCCAUACACGGUCAAUGGAAAGAAGUAUGGCGAAUACAAGACCUCUGGGAACCUGAGCUGGCUGAGGGUGUACGAGGCCGGUCACGAAGUGCCAGCGUAUCAGCCGGAAGCUGCGUUGGCUGCCUUCAUAUCGACCAUGUCACGGAAGCCUAUUUCAUCUUCAUAG